AUGCAGACAUGCAACUCAAACGUCGAUUCACCACCGAUCUCAGCUAGCAUUGGGGAGCUGCAGCAACCUGUAAGUGCUUGGUCCUGGAGGUAUUCGCAUCUGGAUAUAAUAAUAAAAUUUACCAUCCAGUCUAACACUUCGUCCGGGGGGUCUUCAUCGCGUAUCCCGCGCCUGCCAGCAGAAAUUCUCUCGGAAAUUUUCCUCCACAGUCUGUCUGAUGACUUGCCCUUUUUUCCCACACAAAGGCUAGCUCCCCUGAUAUUCACAAGAAUAUGUCGACAAUGGAGGGAAGUUGCUCUUGGCUUGCCAUGGUUAUGGACCCAGCCACGGUUGAUCGCGGAUGAUGGCUUCCGGGAGAGAGCUUCCGCCUACGACCUCUGGCUCAAGCGAUCGAGAGGAUGUCCUCUCUCGUUGAAACUUGAAUGUUACACUGACUUGAGCGAGGCACGAAGCCUACUCCAGCCAUACAUCCAGCAAAUCUCGUCUCUGGAGCUUACUUUUUGGUACUGCAGAGGCCCAACGUACACGGACUAG